AGAAGUGCAAUGGUGAACCUGCUGUGGCUGACGUCAGGUCACAUCUCCGCUUGGACCUGCGCGUCGCAUCCACUUGUUGCGAUCACAGCAGCUGUUGCUAUUUAGAGAGACAACAACAUGGCACACGGGCUGGCCAGAAAUGAAUCCGGCGACACGGAGAUGCAUCAGUUAGACAGCAGCAGAAGAAUUUUCGUGUACACAAAGAAGAGGGGCUAUGAGGUUACUCGAAACCCUCACCUCAACAAAGGCAUGGCAUUCUCCCUGGAGGAACGUCUGCAGCUGGGAAUCCACGGCCUUCUCCCUCCUUGCUUCAUUACUCAGGAUGUCCAGCUGCUAAGAGUCCUUAAGAACUAUGAAAUGAAGAAAGAUGACCUGGAUAGAUACGUGUUCUUGAUGGGACUCCAAGACCGCAGCGAGAAGCUCUUCUACCGUGUGAUUUUGUCAGACAUUGAGAGAUUCAUGCCCAUCAUUUACACACCCACCGUUGGCCUCGCUUGCCAGCAAUACGGCCUGAUAUUUAGAAGACCAAGAGGUCUAUUCAUCACUGUCCAUGACCGUGGCCACAUUGCAUCACUACUACGGAACUGGCCGGAGAAAGACAUUCGGGCUGUAUGUGUGACUGACGGUGAGAGGAUCUUGGGCCUGGGAGACCUUGGCUGCAAUGGGAUGGGAAUUCCAGUGGGCAAGCUGGCCCUCUACACAGCCUGUGGGGGCGUUCCCCCAGAGCAGUGCCUGCCCGUCCUGCUUGACGUGGGUACAGACAAUGAGGCACUAUUGCAAGAUCCACUGUACAUUGGGCUCAGGCACAAGAGGGUGCGAGGCCAGGCAUAUGAUGACCUGCUGGAUGAAUUUAUGAAGGCUGUGACAGACAGGUAUGGAAUGGACUGCCUGAUUCAGUUUGAAGAUUUUGCAAACGUUAACGCUUUCCGGUUGCUCAGCAAGUACAGAAACAUGUAUUGCACGUUCAACGAUGACAUCCAAGGUACUGCUGCAGUAGCGGUAGCUGGACUUCUGGCCGCCCUCCGCAUCACCAGGAGCAAAAUGAGUGACCACACUGUUGUGUUCCAAGGUGCAGGGGAGGCAGCGAUGGGGAUUGCUGAGCUGAUAACAAUGGCCAUGGAAAAAGACGGGCUUGCAAAGGAAGACGGUUUGAAGAAGAUCUGGAUGGUUGAUUCCAAGGGCCUCAUUGUCAAGGGCCGAGAUCACCUGACGCAUGAGAAGCAGAGGUUUGCUCACGAGCACCCACAGAUGAGGACCCUGGAGGAUGUGGUUCGGGAACUGAAACCCACUGCCCUCAUUGGUGUGGCAGCUGUGGCUGGCGCUUUCUCCGAGCAGAUUAUCAGGGAUAUGGCGUCUUUCAACAAACACCCCAUCAUCUUUGCUCUCAGCAACCCGACUAGCAAAGCCGAAUGCACUGCGGAGCAAUGUUACGCAUUCACAGAGGGGCGGGGCAUCUUUGCCAGCGGCAGUCCAUUUGACCCUGUCACCUUCGAUGACGGGAGGACAUUGUACCCUGGUCAAGGAAACAACGCGUACAUCUUUCCUGGUGUGGGCCUUGGUGUCACCGCCGGUGCCAUUCGUCACAUCACUGAAGAUGUUUUUCUUACUGCCGCGGAGGCUCUUGCUGACCUCGUGACAGAGAAGGACCUUUUUGAGGGAAGACUGUAUCCACCGCUCAGCUCCAUCAGGGAGGUCUCCCUUGUGCUGGCAGUUAAGAUACUAGAAUAUGCCUACAAGCACAACAUGGCCGCACUUCACCCAGAGCCCACUGACAAGGAAGCAUACAUACGCUCGCUAAUUUUCACCACUGACUAUGAUGAUUUUACUGCGGACUCGUACCGCUGGCCAGAGGACAGCAUGACAGUCCAGUCGUGCAAACUUUGACAAAACAAACUACAGAGGAGUUCAAGUAAUCCACCGUCAUCCAAACAUAAGGACAGAGGACCUGUAUCCAAUUUAUUUUUACUAUACUGUACUAGUGUGAAUCUUAUGGUAACGGCACUGGCAUAAAAACACCGUUGAAAUUUUUGAUGCUGCUGUACGAAGUUUCCACAAUUGUUUGGGCAUUGCCCCCCACUAAGACUCUGGUAAUUUGAGAUUAUUUUAGUUUUUUAAAAAUCUCAUGUAGUAGGACCAGAUUUUGUUUCGUAAGAAUGUCUUAAUUCUGAAUCAUAGACUUGUCACAUUGCAGUGUGCAACCACCACUUUUGUGAAAUUGUACUGUGAUAGUACUGUAUUUGGAUGAUACCAUGUACUGUCGUAUGUGAAAAUGUUUUGAAUAAAAAAUCAAAUUGAA